AUGAAGCCGCAGACCGUCAGCUCGAUUUUCGCCACGCUUCUCAGCAUCGCACGGGCUACGCCGCUCAAAACGAGCGAAGUGAAUCAGGCAACUCCUGCAGUCACGAUUGCUGCCGGUACUAUCAUCGGGUCUUUGGUCGACGAUGUUGAGUACUAUCGAGGCAUACCAUAUGCCCAGCCACCAAUAGGCCCUCUCCGACUGAGGCCACCAAAGCCCGUGGAAGGGUUUGGCACUAUCCAGGCCACCGGUCUUGGCCCUGCCUGCCCUCAAUUCGCAAACGCAGAACCUUCUCCAGUGCUUAACCGAGUGCUAAGCAUACCCGACGUCCCCGAAGCCUUUUUUUUCUCUGCAGCAUUGGGGAACGAAACUGAGAGCUGUCUUACUGUCUCGGUCAUGCGACCAAAGAACACCAAGCCCGACGAGAAGCUGCCUGUGCUUUUUUGGAUACAUGGCGGUGCUUUUCAGAUGGGAAGUGCUCAGUCUUUUAAUGCCUCCGUGUUGAUCCCCAGGGCAGUAUCGCAGGGCAAGCCGUUCAUUUUCGUCGCAGUCAAUUACCGCCUUGGGGGCUUCGGCUUCCUAGGAGGAAAAGAAAUACUUGCCGACGGCGCGGCCAACUUGGGCUUGCUUGACCAGAGGUUGGCCUUGGACUGGGUUGCGGACAACAUUGCGGCCUUUGGCGGCGACCCGGAUGCCGUCACGAUAUGGGGCGAGAGCGCAGGUGCCAUGAGUGUCUUCAGUCAGAUGGCGCUCUACGACGGCAAUAAUACGUACAAGGGCCGGUCGUUGUUCAGGGGAGCUAUUAUGAACAGCGGUAGUCUGACCCCAGCAGAGCCAGUUGAUGGCGUCAAGGCACAAGAAAUUUUUGACACAGUGGUCCGGGAAGCGGGCUGCGAUGCAUUCCCUGAUGCGGGCAAACUAGAUUGCCUUCGUGGCCUUGAUUACAAAACGUUUGCCGAUGCCACAACUAAGGUUCCUAGCUACCUGGGUUAUCAUAGCAUCGCGUUCAGUUACACACCUCGACCUGACGGCCGUAUCCUCACCAACAGCGCAGAAGUAUUGGCCCAGACGAAGAAGUACGCAGCCGUACCUAUGAUCAUCGGCAACCAGGAGAACGAGGGCACGGUUUUUAGUAUGUUCGCUUACAAUAUCACCACCAAAGCUGAAACGAUCUCUUAUCUGAACAACAUCUUUUUCCGCAACGCUACGAGGGAACAAGUCUCGGACCUUGUCGACACAUAUCCCCUCUGCAGCGUUAACGACUCACUAAAUGCUACGGCUAACGAGACGUACCCAGAAUUUAGGCGAUUGGCCGCGAUUCUUGGAGACUUCGAAUUUACUCUCAUCAGCCGAGUCUUUCUGGACUUCGCCCCUGAAUCUGUACCUGCAUGGUCCUAUCUCAGCACUUAUGGGCGUGGCACGCCUAUUCUGGGGACGUAUCACGUGUCCGAUGUACCAAGGAUGUUCGCCAAGACAGAUGCAAUCAGCAGGGGCAUCCAGGAUCGACUCAUUACAUUUGUGAAUUCUCUCGAUCCCAACGAUGGCGUAGUCGACGCUGUUGAUGGCGCCUCUAUGCACUGGCCAUCAUGGCAUAAAAGCAGGCAGUUGCUGGAAUUUGGGGCCGGUUCGACAGGACUGCUGGACGGAGAUUUCCGGAGCAGUAGCUUUGAGUAUCUUCUCAGCCACUUGGAAAAUUUUCGUCUUUAA